AUGGCCGCGCCGUCGUUCGCCCGCUCCGUAUCGCCCCUCCUCGCCCUCCUCCUCCUCCUCCUGGCCGGCGCCGCGCGGGGCAAGACCGUGAAGAGGGACGUGAAAGCUUUGAAUGAGAUCAAGUCUUCACUAGGAUGGAGAGUUGUCUACUCCUGGGUUGGGGAUGACCCCUGUGGGCAUGGUGACCUCCCCCCAUGGUCCGGUGUGACAUGUUCUCAGCAAGGGGACUACCGAGUUGUGACCGAACUGGAAGUCUAUGCUGUAUCAAUAGUUGGUCCUUUCCCUACAGCAGUAACAAACCUAUUGGAUUUAAGAAAAUUGGAUCUCCACAAUAAUAAGUUGACGGGGCCAAUUCCUCCACAGAUUGGACGGUUAAGACACCUCAAGAUAUUGAACUUGAGGUGGAAUAAGCUUCAAGAUGUGCUUCCGCCUGAAAUUGGUGAAUUAAAGAAACUCACACACUUGUAUUUGAGCUUCAAUAACUUCAAAGGUGAAAUUCCUGUGGAGCUUGCAAACCUACCAGAACUGCGCUAUCUUUAUCUUCAUGAGAACCGCUUUACUGGGCGAAUCCCCCCUGAGCUUGGAACUCUCAAAAACCUUCGUCACCUUGAUGUUGGUGGCAACCACUUGAUAGGCACCCUGAGGGAUUUCAUGGGCAUUGGGAAUGGUUUCCCCUCCUUGAGGAACUUAUACGUCAACAAUAAUCAGUUGAUUGGAGUGCUGCCAGAUCAGAUUGCAAAUUUGACCAACCUUGAGAUCUUGCACUUGUCCAAUAAUAGGCUGAUUGGAUCGAUAUCUCCAAAGCUAGUCAACAUUCCAAGAUUGACAUAUUUGUAUUUGGAUAAUAACAACUUCAUCGGAAGGAUCCCUGAAGGAUUGUACAAGCAUCCGUUUUUGAAAGAGCUGUACGUUGAAGGGAACCAGUUUAGACCCGGAACCAGAUCCAAAGGAACGCACAAGGUGCUUGAGUUACCCGAGGCCGACGCUUUAGUUUAGCCGAGCUCAUGCAUAGGCCUGCUGUUAGUAUGCUGCAUGACAGCAGCCACCAUUCUACAUCUCCGCACGAGGCAGCUGCAAAAUGCACGCAUGUUGUAGGUUGUAUAUUGUACAUGUAUUACUGGUACAGCAAGCUAUGUUCCUCACUGUGAUGUACAAACUACAAACCACUUGGAUCACUAAAUGUCAACGAAAACAUGAAUCCUAAACCAA